AUGUUUAAUAAACCUUAAGAAUAUGCCGCACAAAAAAAAGAAGCCUUUCGAUCCGAAAUCCGUAGAAUAGACAGAGAACGAAUAUUUAAUUAAAAAAGGAUUUUAAUUCAUUAACAGAAUGAUAUGAAAGAAAAAGACGAUUUAGAAUUAACCAACUUAAUACCAUAAAUUAUAUUAUGCCAAUAGAAUCACAACAUUUAGGAAUUAAAACAACUUCAUCGAUUUGCAUUCAAUUCCAUCUCAACCAACAAUCUUAACUAAAUUACUUAGAAUCAAGAAUUCCUAAUUAAAAAUAACUACUUAUAACACAGCCUCCCAAGUUUGUUGAUUAAAGAAGUUCAAUGUGAAGUCAUUAGAACCCUGGCAAAUUCUUGUAAUCAUCCUCUUUUUUUAUAAUAAUAACCUUAAAAUUUACUCCAAUCUUUAGAAGUUUCAUAUUAACUACUCCUAUCCUUAACAGAUACUUAAGAUAUAAGCGAUGUAUUGAUUAUAACUAUUUUGUAGAUUCUUAUAUAUUUAGGUAAUAUCUCAAACAAAUGGCCGGAGAUCUGCUAAUAUUUAAUCAAGUGUUUUGAUCGUUUGUUCGAAUUAAGUUCUUCAACUGACAGUAAUCUGUAUAGAAACAUAUGUUUCUGUAUGCAUAAUAUAUGUUAUGUUAUGGAUAAUCAAAAUUUAAGCGUCAAAGAUGUAAUUGAUAGUAUUACCUUUAAUUAGAGAAUCACCUGCUUAAAAGUGAUAGACAAAGGAGUUAACAGGAAUGAUUGCGAUUUCUUACAAAAUGAAAUACUACAUCCUUUAACUUUAUUAUAUUUCCAAAAUGAAGAGAUUGACAAGUACUUAAUGAGUUCGAAAAUUGUGUAAUAUGUAAUUUCAACUUUAAAGGGGGAAUUUGUAGAAACAACUUUACAAGUUUUGAAAUAGUUUUCAUUAACUGAAACCAUAAGUUUUUCGAAUGUAAAUUUCAUAUGAUAUAAUAAAAGUUCCUUAUUGAAUAGGAUAUUUUGGGUAUUGCCUACGAGUAUAGCAACAAUCGAAAGAAGUAAAUUAGAAAAUUUUCAUUCUUAAUUGUGAUCAAUCUAGCUUACAAUGAUAGUAAAAUCUCAAAUAAAAUUGUUAAAAGUAAAAUCAUCAAUAGAGUUAUUAAUGGUUUAAAUACAUCGGGAAUACAAGAAAAGCAAAAUUGCAUUCAAGUCAUCCAAAACCUACAAAAGACAGGAGACAAUACAGUAUUUUAAACUCUCAUAGAAUUGGGGACAGUGGAGAUCAUAGGAAAUUUGAUUGAUGAAGUGGAUACAGUAGUUUUAAAAAUCUUUGUAGAUACUCUUUGUAGAUUUCUAAACUAUGCAAAAGAAGUUCAAUCCAAUAAAGUGAUUGAGGAUAUCAAGAAGAUUAAACCUAAAUUAGAAUUAAUAUAUAACGAAAACAAAGAUCCGAAAUUUUAAGAUCUAUUUCAAUUGUUUUUAUAGCUCUUAUAAUAAUGA